AUGUCGGACAUCGACGUCAACGCAGAUCUCCUCGACCUGGCGGGUGGCUCCGAUAGUGAGGACUCCUAUCGCUCGCCGUCGCCUCCUCCCAAGAAGCGCGGUGGCAAGGCCAAGAGAUCUAACCGCAGCAACCGUGAUGAUUCUGAAGAUGGUGAAGCCUCCGACGACUCACAAGAUUCCGUGGCCAUGGAUGAAUCCGACUCGGAUGGCGAGCCCUCGAGAAACAGAGGCGGUGCUGCCGACCAGGACGAGAUGUACCCGAUCGACGGCGUGUACAAGAGCGAAAAGGAUAAGGCUGAGAUUAUGGCCAUGAGAGAAAUAGAAAGAGAACAGAUUCUGGCUGAACGUACGACGGAAGCGAACAGACAACGCCAGAACCGCCUGCUGCGCCAGAUGGUUACGGACGUCGAAAAGGAGGGGUACAAGGGCAAGAAGCGCGGAGCCGACGAUGAUCUCGACGACAGCCCCCGAAAGUCCAAGACGCGAACCGGCAAGGGAAUGGAUUCGCUACGCAAGGCGCGCGCGGAGAUGCAGAAGCGACGAGAGGACCAUGGCCGUCGCCGCGACGCCUACUCGGACGAUCGACAGGAUUCUGAAGAAGAAGAUAGCGAUGACGAUUACGGCCGACGACGAUCGCGAACGCCCGAACGGGCAGAGGCUAAGGAGCUGCCGCCUGCCGAGCUGCGCGAUUAUGACCGAGUUCGCCUGGGACGCAACGAGUUUGCGCAGGUGUGUUUUACGCCUGGAUUUGAGUCAUCCAUCACUGGCUGCUUUAUCCGCAUUGCGCUUGGCCCCCAUCCCGAGACUGGUGUGGAGCAGUACCGCAUGGCGAUGAUUAAGGGAUUUACCAACAGCAGACCGUACGCCAUCAACGGACCAAACGGCUCCUUUGUGACAGACCAGUAUAUCAAGGCAGCGCACGGCAAGGCUGUGAAGGAGUUUCCCUUCAUCGCAGCCUCUAGCAGCAAGUUCACCGAAGCCGAGCUGAACCGCUACACGGUAACAUGCCACAAUGAGGGCGUCAAGUUGCCCACCAAGGAGCACCUCUUGAACAAGAUUGACCGAAUUAACGACUUGAUCAACCACAAGUGGACCAACGAGGAAAUCAAGGCGCGCCUCAAGAGAAAGAACGACUUCCGCCGCCGCUUCGACCCUGGGGAGCGCGAGCGUGUGGCUCGUCUGCUUGAAGAAGCUACAGUGGCAGAUGAUAAACUCAAGAUGGACGAGUUGCAGGCCGAGCUUGAUAACCUAGGCACGCAGCGUCUUGCCUUUAAGACGAGUCUGGGCGCCAACAAGGUGUACGACGGCACCAAGAUUUCAAGCGAACAGGAGCGCCUGGCUGCUCGCAACCGCGAGAACAGACGCAUGAACCAGGAGGCCGUGCGAAAGGCGCAGCUUAAGGAGCGAGCCAAGGCGCGAGAGAUUGAGGCUGCCGUGGAGCGAGGCGAGGAGGUCCGCGAAGACAUGUCGCGCCGUCUGCGCACCAAGGCCAAGUUUGUGCACGAUGUCAACGAGAGCGCCGAGUCCAAGGCAGGUAUCCGAAGCAGCGGCAAGGGAACACCGUCGGUUGGUACACCGACACUGGGAGCUACUAAGGCCUCGUCCUUUAUCCAGCUCAACAAGACGCCGCAGCUGGACAGCAAGGGAAUGCCUACCAUCCACAAGCCCAUCAUGGACGACGAUGUCAUUGGAUCGUUGGAUCUGGACAUUGACGUGGAGAUUUGA